CGUCUCACUGUCUCUUUGUCUCUCCGUCUCACUGUCUCUUUGUCUCUCCGUCUCCAGAAUAUCGAGGCCCGUCUGAAGGUGUCGUUGCCUAGCGACCUGGGAGCAGCUCUGACAGACGGCGUGGUGCUCUGCCAGUUGGCCAAUCACGUGAGACCUCGGUCCGUCCCCAGCAUCCACGUCCCCUCCCCCGCCGUGCCGAGACUCACCAUGGCCAAGUGUCGGCGAAACGUUGAGAACUUCCUGGAGGCGUGUCGCCGGAUUGGCGUUCCCCAGGACCGCCUCUGCUCAGGGGGGGAGGUGGUGGGGGGGGGGCGGGGGGGGUAUGGGGGGGCGGGGUUGCUGCUCUCUGUGGCCCCCCCGAGCAGCCCCUCCCCCCGGGUCCAGCUGGCGGGCUUCGCCCUCUUCUACCUGUGCGUCAUGGCGCUGCUCUGUGCGGUCUACGUGCACCUGGCGCCGCUGGUCUGACCCCCCCCACCCCUGGACCUGGUCUUGAUUUGGGACUUGUUAGCCUUGACUUUAUGUCUUGGACCUGGUCUUGAUUUGGGACUUGUUAGCCUUGACUUUAUGUCCUGGACCUGGUCUUUAUUUGGGACUUGUUAGCCAUGACUUUAGGUCCUGGACCUGGUCUUUAUUUGGGACAUGUUAGCCAUGACUUUAGGUCCUGGACCUGGUCUUUAUUUGGGACUUGUUAGCCUUGAAUUUAGGUCCUGGACCUGGUCUUUAUUUGGGACUUGUUAGCCUUGAAUUUAGGUCCUGGACCUGGUCUUUAUUUGGGACAUGUUAGCCAUAAGUUUGGGGCCUGGACCUGGUCUUUAUUUGGGACUUGUUAGCCUUGACUUUAGGUCCUGGACCCGGUCUUUAUUUGGGACAUGUUUGCCAUAAGUUUGGGGCCUGGA